AUGGAAAACGAAGUAGACUCACAUGUCCGAGAGUAUUUUUCAGCCGGUUUUUCAUUAACUGAAACACUGACCUUGCUAGAAAUUAAACAAAAUGUUAUUCUUAGCUCUCGGCAACUUAAACGGCAUUGUAAAAGACUUGGUCUAAAGAGGCGGCCAAACUGGAAUGGUGCUGUCGUUCAAGCAGCUAUUUUGGCUGAAGUUCAGGGUAUAGGUGGAAAUCUCGGUUGUCGGGCCAUGGCUAAAAGGUUGCGAACAAAGUAUGGAAUAAUGUUAGGGAGACAUAAUGUACUGCAAUAUCAAAACAUCAUAGAUCCCGAAGGUGUUCAGGCUAGACUGUCAAACAGGCUUUCAAGAAGAGAAUACUUUAACAGAGGUCCGAAUUUUCUAAUUCACAUUGACGGUUACGACAAGAUAAAGAAGUAUGGGUUUGGAAUCCACGGAGCCAUUUGUGGCUUUUCGAGACGGAUUCUUUGGCUGAAAGUUGCACAUUCCAAUAAUAAUCCGAAUAUCAUUGCUGCCUAUUUUCUAGAGUUCGUAAAAGAAAUAAAAGAUUCUACUAACUGUAUUGUACUACCUCUGUGUUGA